AUCGAUACUGAGCACAGUGUUCUGAUUCGAAGGGGAAAUUUGUCCUGACAUGAUUAGAAGCACAACCACUAGUCGAACAAAACAUUUACCCAAACGGUACGUGCACCAUACAAAGUUUAAACAAAAGGGCACCACUCUAGGGUCGCCAUGUAUUCUGGCAAACAUCUUCAAGGUUGCAUUGACUGACGGGAAGUAAAUACACCUUGCUGUUGGUGCUGAACAAGAGAAUCAACAAGUACCUAGUGCAGAUAUCGUAUCCCAUCUCUCGGAAAACUCAAGUGUACGAAAAACACCACAUAAACACGAAACGGAAAAGAACCAUUUUACAGGGAAAAGUUUUGAAACCGAACCAUUGCAACUAAAAAUAGUUCAUACUUCUCGGCUCAAUUGAAGGAAUUAUUGACGUGAACUCUUACGGUGAGAGGUAGGUACUUCGAAUAGUGAGCGAGUGCAGAACAGUGCAUCCCGUGCACCACCCAUCCCACCCAAGAUGAGCAGCCCCACCGGUGGAAGUCCCUCGAAGAAGGGCACAAGCGUGGACAUGCAAAUAUUCGCUUCCAAUGGCAAUACGAUCGUAGACGAGAGUUAUGAUCCUCAUCUGCACCGAAACCGACCACACCCGACGACUAACUUUGAAACGUUGGUCCACCUGCUGAAGGGAUCGCUCGGAACGGGCAUUCUUGCGAUGCCGCAAGCGUUCUACAAUGCGGGUUACAUCUCCGGUUUCGUCAACACGAUCCUGAUCGGCAUCCUCUGUACGUACUGCUUGCACGUGCUCGUUCAGGCGCAGUACGCUCUGUGCAAGCGCCAUCGGGUACCGAUUCUUACCUACCCCAUCUCGAUGAAGAUUGCACUCGAGGAGGGCCCGGCAUGUUUACGACCCUUCGCUCCAUACGCUGUCGUUAUCGUCGAUGGCUUCAUGAUCGUCUAUCAGCUCGGUAUCUGCUGCGUGUACAUAGUGUUUGUAGCGACCAACAUUAAGCAGUUGGUUGACUACUAUUGGCUGGAGCUAGAUGUGAAAAUCCACUGCUUGAUACUUCUUGUACCACUGAUAGGGAUCAAUAUGAUACGCAAUCUUAAGGUCCUGGCACCGUUCUCAACAUUGGCCAACUUGAUCACCUUCGUCGGUAUUGGUUUGAUAUUGGCCUACAUUCUGGAUGACAUCCCACCGAUCUCCGAACGUCAGCCAAUAGCUGAGUUGGGCAAAUUUCCACUCUUCUUCGGUACGACACUGUUUGCACUGGAAGCAGUAGGAGUGAUUAUAGCACUGGAAAACAAUAUGGCUACACCGAAAUCGUUUGGCGGUACUUGCGGAGUACUUAACGUAGGUAUGGUAGUGAUUGUCUUCCUUUACGCCGGUAUGGGAUUCUUGGGCUACCUGAAGUAUGGUGCUGAAUCGGCGGGCAGUAUAACACUCAACUUGCCACAGGAGGAAAUUAUGUCCCAAUCGAUAAGAAUUCUGUUCGCCAUUGCCAUCUUCAUCUCGUACGGUUUGCAGUGUUACGUACCGGUCGAUAUUAUCUGGAAUGUUUAUCUGGUGGAGAAGUACCGUGAUUCAAACAACAAGCUGGUAUAUGAAAUGUUGGUUCGAAUUGUUGUCGUCAUUAUGACUUUCCUGCUGGCCGUUGCCAUUCCUCGUCUGGGACUGUUCAUCUCGUUGUUCGGUGCAUUCUGUUUGUCCGCGCUGGGCAUUGCUUUCCCUGCAAUUAUGGAGAUCUGUGUGCUGUGGCCCGACAAGCUCGGUCCCGGUAAAAUUACACUCUGGAAGGACAUCAUAUUGAUCCUCUUCGGCAUCAUCGGUCUGGUAGCUGGAACAUACACGAGCGUGCGGGAUAUUAUUCUUAGUUUCAUGUAACGCGUCCUAUGAAUACACCUGCACAGAAAGGGGUUAUAUGUCACAACACAGGAAGCUCUUUGGUUAGACCCAGAUCGCAGAAAGUCGCUAUGAAAGCGAACAACUUACAGGAAAAACUACCAGCAACCAACAUAAACUAUUUAUAGCAAUCUUUCCUAGCUAAGACGGUUGUGCACUAAGCUUCCUUAGAUGAGGGCAUUCCCAAUGCCAUCGCGUUACGAAUGAACGGCAGUGAAGUUCCUUUUUGCUGACUGGCCUGGCUCUUGCUGGAAAUUCGUACGCUGGUAAAGAAAGAAAAUUUAUGACAUAUCAUUUGUAGAUUUGUAAAACAAAUACUCAACUUACUAAUUGUUAGCAUUAAUUAGCGACUCAUCAGCCAAAGACAAGCGGCAGAUAAGCGCAAAAAAAGGUUCUUUUGUGUAGUAGGGCAGAUGAAAUUCUGUUUUUCCUUCUCAAGUUUUGUUUUUCUACCAAAAACAAAAACCGCAAAGCAACCUCAAACGAUGGGAAGAUGAUGAUAAAGCCUAUUUUGGAGUAGAUUUAGAUUUGCAUAUAAACGCCAAGCGUUACGCACACGCGUUAUCCGUAGAGCCGGUGAUACAGAUAGCUUUGUACAAUCACUCACAACGCACCACUACGGUUACAGUUUAUAGCAGCGGAAGUAUUCGGUUGAACAAACUCUACUAUGCAUGUGUGUAUGCUUUUACGCGGUGCUGGUGCACCACCCAACAAUAAAGGAUAUAUUCACGCGACCAA